AGACUGCUGAGCUUGUUUUCUUUUCAGCUUCUGAUUAGCUUUGAGAGGUCAUCUAUUUUAAUUGCCAGCGAACAUGAACUGCACAUGAUGAUAGAAGAUAGCCAUUGACUGAGAAGUUCCAGUGCCCUUUUGAAAAAGCCGGUGAAAUCAGAAGACAAGCCGUGGCACUUCUGGAAACAUGAGUAAAAUAAGAGGAAAGAUGUUCAUUCAUCCUGUUGGGGAUGCCAUCAGUUCUAUUUCUGUCAAAGAAAAGAAAAAAGAGAACAAUGAUGCAAAGGGUGGCGACAAAUCCAAGGCCCAGGCCCCAGUGUCCAGUGCUGGGGAAGACCGAGCUAUUCUGUUGGGAGUUGGCAUGAUGGGUUUCUCGAUCCUCAUGUAUUUUGUGCUGGGAAUUACACUUAUUAAGCCAUUCAUGAUGAGUAUUUUUAGUGAGAAGUCAAACUGUACGGUGAUGAGAGCCGACAUCCUUGAAGACUGGAUUGAAUGUUCAUUUAUGUGUGGGGUUGACUGCAGAGGACAAGCCAAGUAUCCCUGCCUCCAGGUCUUUGUGAACCUUUCCCACACCAGACGAAAAGUCCUACUGCACUAUAAUGAUGAAGCUAUUCAGUUAAACCCAAAGUGCUUCUACAUCCCAAAAUGCUUGAGAGAUAGAAAUGAACUGCUAAGUGAAGCAGAGAAAAUAAAGCGUUCGUUGCACCACUCAAAUGGCUCAGUCUUCCCUUGCUACUAUAACCCAGAAAAAAAGCCAGAAGAUGCCAUCAUGUUUAGGAAGUACGACACCACAAUGGUGUUCCACUGCCUGUUUUGGCCUACUCUGAUGCUGAUUGGGGGGGCGCUGAUCGUUGGAAUGGUCAAGCUCACACAGCACCUCUCGCAGAUGUGCGCCGAGUUUUCAGCGGCCCAAGAGGAGACGCAAGCCCUCACGCCAUCUUCAGAAGACUCAAUGGAGAGCAGGCCUAGGAGGCUGGACAAAAUUUUGCGUUGGAGGCCUAAACAGAUGCAACAUGCCCCCCUUUCCUGAAGUAGACAUGUUGCUUUGUUGAUUUAUUUUUAACUGGUUGCUUAGUGUUUGGAAUCCACCAUCGGGGAUAAAUAAUUUUGUUCAAACAAUGCUACUGGACUUUAGAAGCACAAUGAAUUAGAUAUCUGACUAAUUUUAUCUUACUUUUAGUGGUGUUUAAAGUUUGGAAAAAUACUGAAAUGUACUUACACUCUGUGGGAUGGCAUGAUGGAUCAAUGGUUAACUCUCCUGCUUCACAAAUCCAUGCUGGUCAUAGUUCACAGGUUUUCUUCUCUCACAUCCCAAAACUCUAGUCCUGUGGAAAUGUGCUCAUUCGAUGGAUAUCCUGGGUUGAUUCCUGCCUUGCACCUCAGGCUGGUGGGCUAUCCGGACCCAUGCAAUCCUCAACUGAACUUGGCUGGUUUGAGAAUGUUACGUUCUCUGUCUGCUUUCUUUCACUUUUUAAAAUUCAGAGUUAUAGACACCACACUCUGCUCUAUCAAGUGAUAGAAGUUGCCACAGAGACAGCAAAAGAUUGUUUUUAUUCUUCUUAACAGCAUCCUAAUAUCCUGUUAUUUUUAUACAAGGACCCUAGUAUUGUUCUGCUUUAUAUUUUAAGCUUUGUAAAAAAAAAAACAAAAAAAAUAUAUGUUUUUGUCAGUACUUUAUUCUAAGGUUUAUAAAGAUUUUCUAAAACCUGUGAAUCUUUAGCAAUACACUGUUCUCACUGUUAACCUAUUUCUUUAAAGAAGUGAUUUAUAAUUAUAAUACAACAAAUAUUGGGAUCCCAGGACCAGCAGAGAAAAUACAAUUGGGUUUGGGAUUCCCAUUCAUCAACCAUCUACUUUUCGAUAAAAUAACGACAGAAAUAUUCUAAAACAAGCUUUAAGCAUUCAUACUCUUCCAGAAGCGGUGACACCAAACCCUGCUACUCUUCUGAUGUCCAGACACGUCUAAGAAGAAGAACAUCACUUUGGCAUUGGCAUGGGCCUUUUGGACUAUUUAAUGGUAGUUAGUUGUUCUGAUCUUGGUUUGUUUGUGCCUUGGCUUUUCUCGAUCUGGCUAUUGUCCUGACCUUUACUCUGACUCUGCUUCAGCUGCACAUCACCAAAUGACUUUCUGUUUCUACUAUAUGAUUCCUUACUAGGUGGCCAGCUUUACACUGUGAGAAUGCAGUCAUUUAUCAAAGCCUGAUACAAGCACCUUGCAAGGAAAAACUAAAGUUUUUUUUUCCUUCUUUCACAAACUAGUGUUAAUAUUUCUAAUAAACAUGAGAGAACUCAAGAUAAUGAAUUGGAUUAGCAAAGUAAAUGAGAAAACGUGACAAUUAUUACAGAGAUGGAAUGAGGUUGGGGAGAGGGGGUAUGGGAGGUAAUGUGUAGACUGCUGUUGCUUACAUUUUUAAUUUCAGCAAAUGUUCAUUUGUAUAUAAAAUGAUUGAAUAGAAUGCGGAAAACUGUAGAUCUCACAGAACAUAAUGUCUUCUCAACUUUUAUUUAUCAAGCAUCUCAGAAUUACUCCAAGGGAUUGCCCUAAACGUCUGACUAGGGUUAAGAAUAUGUCCUACCUCAGUCUAGGACAUGAGGAGUAUGUAUGAAGCUUCUUACACCUACUCCACUCCACAUUUGAGAAUGAUGUCCCAGCAAAGAGUAGGCAUCCACAUUUGAGAGUGAAUGGCAUCACAGCAACCUGGGCCACAACCCGGCACCCAUGAAGGCAUUUUGUAGUUUCCAUGGAAAUCAUGAUGAUGUUUUGUAGUAUUCUGAUAUGCUAAGGCUUCACCACAAUAAUAAUAACAUUCAAAGCAGUAGGAGUUAAAGAAGAAGAAGAAAGAAAACAUAAUGAGGCAAGAUAUUGCGCAUUGUAAUUGUUGACACUUUACAACACCAUCAACAAAUACAGUAAUGAGCACCAAGAUAGAAAGACCAAGGCA